CGCCACCAUGCAUUUGAAUUGGUCAAAAGAACCAAGUUUGGUUUUGCUUUCAUGAGUUGGUUUAUUUCCACGGAUGAACUCAUAUAAGAAGAAGAUUCCCUCUUUUGAUACAUACACAGUCUAUCUUCCAAACAAUCAAUUUUGUUGUUUAGGCAGAGGCAUGCCAAACAUGGCUUUCUCGUCCGCCACCAUCAAACCGCCAACCCCAUUGCUCCCGAAGCCGCACGCCGCCGCCUCCUCUUUGCACUGCUUGCCCCGGAGACUCACAGGAUCCGUGAAGGAGCGAAUGGCUGCGGGCGGUGAGGCCUCUGAAUUUGGUGCUCUUCAGCGUCCCGAUUCGUUGGGCCGAUUUGGCAAGUUCGGGGGCAGGUACGUCCCCGAAACGCUCAUCCACGCGCUGCAUGAGCUCGAGACUGCCUUCAGGACUCUCUCAAAUGACCAUGCAUUUCAGAAAGAGCGGGAUAGGAUCUUGUGUGACUAUGUUGGGAGAGCAAGCCCCCUUUAUUUUGCAGAACGACUUACUGAGCACUACAAGCGAUCUAAUGGUGAAGGGCCGCACAUAUACCUGAAGAGGGAAGAUCUAAACCACACCGGAGCAUACAAAAUCAACAAUGCUGUUGCCCAAGCCUUGCUCGCAAAGCACUUGGGCAAGAAACGCAUUAUAGCUGAAACCGGAGCUGGUCAACAUGGUGUUGCCACUGCAAGCGUUUGUGCUUGCUUUGGCUUGCAGUGUGUAAUUUAUAUGGGUGCUCGGGAUAUGGAGAGACAAUCAUUGAAUGUUUUCAGGAUGCGUCUCCUUGGUGCCGAGGUUAAACCGGUCCAUUCUGGAACAGCAACACUUAAGGAUGCUACAUCAGAAGCAAUUCGGGAUUUGGUUACCAAUGUCGAAACGACUUAUUACCUCUUGGGAUCUGUAUCCGGGCCCCACCCCUACCCAAUGAUGGUUAGAGACUUCCAUGCAGUGAUAGGCAAAGAAACAAGAAAGCAAGCAUUGGAGAAAUGGGGCGGAAAGCCUGACGUGCUUGUUGCGUGUGUUGGUGGAGGUUCAAAUGCUAUGGGUUUGUUUCAUGAGUUUGUUGAUGACAAAGAUGUGAGAUUGAUUGGGGUGGAGGGUGCGGGUUUUGGUCUUGAUAGUGGUAAACAUGCUGCUACUUUAACAAAGGGAGAGGUUGGGGUGCUACACGGAGCUAUGACCUAUUUGCUUCAGGAUGAUGAUGGGCAGAUUGUUGAGCCCCAUUCAAUCAGUGCUGGGUUAGAUUAUCCUGGAGUGGGGCCUGAGCAUAGUUUUCUUAAGGACCUCAAACGAGCAGAGUAUCAUAGCAUCACUGAUGAAGAAGCUUUUGAAGCAUUUAUGAGGGUAUCCCGGUUAGAGGGCAUUAUUCCUGCAUUAGAGACAUCACAUGCAUUGGCUUAUUUGGAGAAACUUUGCCCGACUCUACCAGACGGGGCUAAGGUUGUGCUGAACUGCAGUGGCAGAGGAGAUAAGGAUGUUCACACUGCUAUAAAACAUUUGAAGAUGCUCUUAGGGGCUAUUAAUGAUUGUUAUUUGGUGCCUACUGGUAUUCUGGUAUGUUUGAUAGGAGUAGAUCUUCCGAAUCAAUUUUGUUGUUUAGGCAGAGGCAUGCCAAACAUGGCUUUCUCAUCCGCCACCAUCAAACCGUCAACCCCAUUGCUCCCGAAGCCGUACGCCGCCGCCUCCUCCUCCUCUUUGCACCGCUUGCCCCUGAGAUUCACGAAUCGCUCAGCCAAGGCGCAUCCAGUCUUCUGCAGCCUAGCCGCAGGAUCCGUGAAGGAGCGAAUGGCUGCCGCCGGCGAGGCCUCUGAAUUUGGUGCUCUUCAACGUCCCGAUUCGUUCGGACGAUUUGGAAAGUUCGGCGGCAAGUAUGUCCCCGAAACGCUCAUGCACGCGCUGGAUGAGCUCGAGGCUGCCUUCAGGACUCUCUCAAAUGACGAUGCCUUUCAGAAAGAGCUGGAUGGGAUCUUGUGUGACUAUGUUGGGAGAGCAAGCCCCCUUUAUUUUGCAGAACGGCUUACUGAGCACUACAAGCGAUCCAAUGGUGAAGGGCCACACAUAUACCUGAAGAGGGAAGAUCUGAACCACACCGGAGCACACAAAAUCAACAAUGCCGUUGCCCAAGCCUUGCUUGCAAAGCACUUGGGCAAGAAACGCAUUAUAGCUGAAACUGGAGCUGGUCAGCAUGGUGUUGCCACUGCAACCGUUUGUGCUCGCUUUGGCUUGCAGUGUGUAAUUUAUAUGGGUGCUCAGGAUAUGGAGAGACAAUCAUUGAAUGUCUUCAGGAUGCGUCUUCUUGGUGCUGAGGUUAGACCGGUCCAUUCUGGAACAGCAACACUAAAGGAUGCUACAUCAGAAGCAAUUCGGGAUUGGGUUACCAAUGUCGAAACGACUCAUUACAUCUUGGGAUCUGUUGCCGGGCCCCACCCAUACCCAAUGAUGGUUAGAGACUUCCAUGCAGUGAUAGGCAAAGAAACAAGAAAGCAAGCAUUGGAGAAAUGGGGCGGAAAGCCUGACGUGCUUGUUGCUUGUGUUGGCGGAGGUUCAAAUGCUAUGGGUCUGUUUCAUGAGUUUGUUGAUGACAAAGACGUGAGAUUGAUUGGGGUGGAGGCUGCAGGUUUUGGUCUUGAUAGUGGUAAACAUGCUGCUACUUUAUCAAAGGGCGAGGUUGGAGUGCUACAUGGAGCUAUGAGCUAUCUGCUUCAGGAUGAUGAUGGGCAGAUAAUUGAGCCCCAUUCCAUCAGUGCUGGGUUGGAUUAUCCUGGAGUAGGGCCUGAGCAUAGCUUUCUGAAGGACCUCAAACGAGCUGAGUAUCAUAGCAUCACCGAUGAAGAAGCUUUAGAAGCAUUUACAAGGUUGUCUCGGUUAGAGGGCAUUAUUCCUGCAUUGGAGACAUCGCAUGCAUUGGCUUAUUUGGAGAAACUUUGCCCGACUCUGCCGGACGGGGCUAAGGUUGUGCUGAACUGCAGUGGCAGAGGGGAUAAGGAUGUCCACACUGCUAUAAAACACCUCAAGGUUUGAGAAAAGGGUUAUGUAUGUUAUUUUGGAGAUGACUUGUUAUGUGUAGUAGAAAUAUACUUGAGAAGAGUAUUCAUUCCCCAUCAAUAAACAGUCAUGUUCUAUUUCAAUACUCCUUUUUAAUUAAAUAAUUCCACAAUCUUGUUAUCAG